AUGGGCAUCAAUGCCACAGCGGACUAUGUCACCAUCAUCUUAUAUACACUGACCGUUGUGCUCGGCAUCACAGGGAACUCUAUAGUGAUCUGGGUGGCUGGAUUCAAACUUAAGCUGAGUGUCACCAACGUGUGGCUGGUGAACCUGGCGAUAGCAGACCUGAUCUUCUGCUUCACACGAGUCUCCUCCCUCACUCAGAUGCUCUUCUUCGACCACUGGCAGUUUGGCCUCUUUCUCUGCAAGUUCAACGGCUUCUUCAAAUACACCAACAUGUUCUGCUCUGUCUUCCUGCUGGCUGUGAUCAGUCUGGAUCGAGUGCUCUGCAUCUGGCAGCCCAUCCUCACAAAGCGGCAACGCACCCUGUGGGCAGCGAGGGUGGUGGCAAUCUGCGUCUGGAUCGCAGCGAUCCUCUUCAGCAUUCCCUACUUCAUUCAUCGCCGAAUGUACAUGGACAACAACAACCUGACUAAAUGUUCUGUAGACCCGAAAGAGAAGGCAGAGGGGUACAACAGCACCAAAGCUGCUCUCUACUCCAUCCGCUUCCUGUGUGGCUUCAUGUUUCCCUUCACAAUCAUUCUGAUCUGCUACACCUUGGCUGGGGUCGGAAUCCGACGCACCCGCCUGUCAGGAAAGUCCCGCCCUCUGCGUAUACUAGCCUGUUUGGUGAUUGCCUUUUUCCUGUGCUGGGCACCUUACCACUGCCUCUUACUGGUGAAGAUGGUGGACAAUGAAAAUGCAGUAGUGAAAAUCUGGUACCCUGUAGCAAAGGGUGUUGCCUACUUUAACAGCUGUGUGAACCCGCUAUUGUACUUCUGCAUGGGUCUAAAAGCGAGAAAGGGUUUCAGGCAGAGUGUAAUGAAAGUUUAUAAAAGAGCUCUGACAGAUGAAAUGGAUGGUCAGAUGACUCAGUCCACUGAUCGCUCUUUGGAUUAAAGCUCUGGUUUGAAACACAACACUGUUUUAGUGGCAGGAAUAAGUGGGUGUAGCUAAAGUUUAAGUUCCCCCCCAAUGAUCCUAAAGCUAAAAAAAUGCAUAUCUUUAUAUAAACCAUUAGUAUAGCAGUGAAAUGGCAAUAGCAUUUUAAAGUAGUUAAAGUCGUUAUUAUAAUGUAACUUGUAAUAUGUAGCUUUUCAUUGCAGUUUAUGUGCAGCAAGAAUUAGCAGGUAUGACUGUGAAAAGAUGUUUUCUUUCAUUCUGUGCUCAGUGAAGAAAAUAUAUAUUUGGCACACUGGAGUGAAACACUGUUUUGUGUCCACAAGUGACCCUUCUUCUAGAGGUGACUGCAGCUCCAGGGGGAUUGCUCCGGGUUUCUCUUGUUUUAAAAGCUAGAGGCUUUUAAUUGUCAUUUUAUUUUGUU